AUGGCUGACACCGAAGCUCCUACGGUUGUUCACGCCGACCCCAAUGAGACCGGAGUCUAUGAGAUAGAGAGUUUAUGCAUGAACUGUCGCGAUGAGGGUAUAACUAGAAUUCUUCCUAUCAAAAUUCCCUAUUUCAAGGAGAUCCUUCUCGAGUCCUUCUCCUGCGAUCACUGCGGUUGGAAGAACAACACAGUCAAAAGCGCAGGCCAGAUCCAAGAGAAGGGAGCAAGAUUUACUUUCAGAUUGGAUAGCAUGGCCGACUUCCAGAGACAGAUUAUCCGCGGCGAUACGGGCAUUUUCCGCAUCGAAGAUCUUGGGCUUGAGACGCCGCCUGCUCCAGGCCAGUUCACAAAUCUUGAGGGCAUGAUCAUGAAAAUCAAAACAGACUUGGAGAGUGAUCAACCAGCGAGGAAGGAGGUGAAUCCUGCUAUGUACAACUCUCUAGAGAACGUCAUUCAAAAGCUGGAGAAUAUGUUACAAGGCAAUGGUUUCCCUUUCACUGUUUCGCUCGACGAUAUCUCGGGCAAUUCGUUCAUCGAACCCUCUCCAGAAGACAAAGGCUCCAAAUAUUCGCGGACUGACUACCUCCGAAGCCACGAACAGAACGUGCAGCUGGGUCUGGUGGUUGAUGAUGACGAAACAGAGGACGGCGCCGGGAUGGACGGCGUCGAUAUUGUGGAUAAUGAAGUUUACGAGUUACACGCUGAGUGCCCUGCUUGUGGAAAGCCAUGCACAGUCAACAUGAAAAAGACCAAUAUUCCGCACUUCAAGGAGGUUAUCAUCAUGGCGACGGUCUGUGACCACUGUGGCUUUAGGACGAGUGACGUCAAAACUGGCGGCGCAGUCCCGGAUAAAGGAAAGCGUAUCACCCUGGACGUCAAGACGAUUGAGGACAUGUCGAGAGAUAUUCUGAAGUCGGAGUCCUGCGUUCUGAAAAGUCAGGACCUGGGGCUGGAAGUCCAACCCGGCACACUUGGAGGCCGUUUCACUACUGUUGAAGGACUACUUACCCAAGUUCGUGAUCAGCUUCACAGUCAAAUAUUUAAUGUUGGAGAUGAAGACCUUGCGGGAGGCGACUCAAUGACACCAGCCACGCGGACAAGGUGGGACAACUUUUUCGCCAAACUCGAUGCGGCCAUCGCAGCCAAAUUCCCAUUUUCCAUCACUCUUGAGGAUCCGCUGGCGAACUCGUUUGUGCAGUUGAACGCGGAUCCUGGCAAGGAUCCACAGGUCAAGGUCGAGGAGUACGAGCGGACAGACGAGGAAAUGGAGGACUUAGGGUUGAAGGAUAUGAAGACUGAGGGUUACGAAAAUGAAGGCCAACAAUCAUGA